AUGACAACGUUUGACCGCCUUGUUUGUUACUGCAUUUACACGUUCUCAAUUUUACUCCUUACAUGUUGGAAGGCAAGAAGCCAAUAAAUAAAGAGCACUUAGACUUUUCCAAUAAAGAAAUCUACUGCUGUCUAAAAACUAUUUAUCAGUCUUUUAGCGCGGUUGAACUACGUAACUGGAUACAUGAAAGUUGCACAUUUAUCUUUAAAUAUAGAGAGAUACAUUUUUCGGAGUUUGUAAUUUUUCUGCAUCGUUUAAAAACAGUUACAAACGAUUCAUUCAUAAAUAACCCACUUCUUUCUGAUGAAGCAAAAAGGCAUUAUCUGAGGGUGUUCAUAAAGAAUAUUGACUAUGUAGUUCUAUUUAGAACUCUGGAACAUUUUCUAUCAGAAUACGGAUUUGAUGGGAAAUGCAAGAAGUUUAAUCUUUGUUUUUUUCGUGAGCAACGUGAGCUUCUUCUCAAUAUGUUCGACAGUUCAACUGAUUCUGAUCUAAUAAAGAUAGACUCAAUAAACCUUUUGAAGUUAUUUGACAACUUUGCACCUAAUAGCCAUUCUGAUUUCUUGUCCGCACAGUUACUUUGGGUCAAUUUCUUUGCAUCGCGACGGUUGUCAUACAAUCCGGUGCAACUGCUUGAUCUGAAGUUUCAAAUUUCCGUUACUGCUAGUAAAGUGCUUCACUAUAAUGGUUACAGUGAUGCAUCAGAAGCCCUGGCAAGGAAAUCGCUGGUUGAUUUUGCUGAGAUGCACCAACUAUGGAACCGGGAGAAAAAAUUGAUGUCAACCGUUUCCAGUAAUUUAUUUCACGUGGUUGCUAUUGAACUUUCUUCGAUGGUGUUUAAACGAUCUGUCUUUGAAUCACGUAAACGUCCUCAAGGUUAUCUCCGACCAAAAGUCAGAGUUGAAUUCGCUACACUAUUACAGCAUUCAUGGCCUCGAACAAUUACUGAACGUUAUCUAAAUCAAUUAAUUCCAAAUUCAUCUGCUCAAAUAUUAGCUAUUUUAGAAGCAUUAAGCUUAAAGCCUGGAGAAAGAAGAAGUUUAAUCACACCGAAACCACCAGUAGAUUCAUCUGAUUGGGAAAUGUCUGACGUUUAUACUGAACUUUAUAUUGCAUCGAUGGAGUUAAUUUAUCCAAAUUCUUCUAAAAAAUUGAUUCCUAAUUUUCUAUCUGGAACACAUGUCAUUCGUAAAAUACCAGUAGAUAGAGAAAAAACUGCUACAGGUUUAAUUAAUCAUACAAUAGCAUUGAAUGAAACAAAAUUUUUAAAAUGGACACAGUUAGAUUUAAUUCAUUAUCAGUAUAAUUGCCAUGAUUUCGCCGAAGAACUCUAUGAAAACGGAGAAUUGUCAUCAGAAUCACAAGUAAUAUCUUCACCAACUAUAAAUACGAACGUUAGUUGUACAAUAGAUAGUUUGAUGAAGUUAAUACAAAUCUAUUUUGCAUGUGCUCAGUACGAUAUUUUCGAUUUGAUAUCACGAGAUACUUUGCAUGUUUUCGAAGAAAAACUAUCAGAUCUAAUUAAAGAACAAGCACCUAAAGAAUUUAUACAACAUAUUCAGGCACAAAUUGAUACAUUGGAAUUACUUCGUGCAUUACACUCUGCACAAUUGUCAAGAAAAGUAUUGAAUAAAAACGAGAUAAUAGAGGAUGUAUUACAACCGCCGAUUUUACAAGAAACUCCAGCAGCUAAUUUAAGUAAAAGUUCUAUGAAACAACAGGAUAUAUCAAAUUUGGCAAUCGAUUUCUUGGAUAGUGAUAAAGAAGUAAAUUCAACUAGAUUAUUACACAAUCAAACAUUAAUUUUAAGCUUUUUACCAAAAGGUGUAAUAAAAUUAAUACAAAAAUUGGAUAAUUUCGUUAGGAAAAUAGAUGAAAUUCAGAUCUCUAUGUAUGAUAAUGCAAUUUUUAUAGAUAUCAUUGUAGUAUUAUGGGAUUAUUGUCAUAUAUUCUGUCAUAAAUGGUUCAUUCAGAGUCAAUUGAAAAUAGAGUAUUUCAACACGAUCAAAAUGAAACUAAUCGGAAUUCUUUAUUUAUUUAGUCUUAUGAAGACCUUACUUGAAUGGUUAAACAUUGAUGUAGCAGAUGGUUUGAUGUCCUGUAAUCUCAUAUUUUAUGUUAUAUGGAUUAUGGAAAUGUUUGAGCAAAAAUUAUUUCUCCAUCAUAAUUCUAGGAAAGAAUCAAGUCAAAAUGUUUUAGUAGAUUCAAUGAAUAUUAAAUUAUUAUUAAAAGCAUUAACGUUACAAAUGAAACCAGAUGAUGUUUGUGGUGCUACAGAAUCCAAUGAAAAUGAUAAGUUAGCCAUAUGUUUAAUUGAUCUUUGGACUGGUAUAUGGAAUAAAGUAAUGGAUAUAAUUUACUGGUCACGUAAUAUGAUUAGUAAAAGAAUGAUAUUCCUUCAGAUAAAUCAUCCGAAGAAUUUGGAAAUUAAUAGUCUUGCAGAGCUACAAGUUGAACUGUUAUGGUUCGAGCAAACAAUCCGAUGGAAACUUCGAAAUUUAGAUUGGUUAACGUGGUGUGAUGUGAAUGAAAUGUCCAGAGAAAAAGUGGACAAGAAAAUUGAACAAAUGGAUGAAAAUUUACUUAAACAAUGUGGUCGAAAUAAAAUGUCUAAAGUAUUUUACUAUUGUCUUAAAGCAGAAACUGAAGUAAACAAUGAAACAGCUAAAAAAUAUUACAAGAUUGCCGAAAAAUUACUAUUCAAUAAAUGGUUAAAUGAAUCCCAUUUCAUUACGAGUAAAGAAAUUAGCAAUUGUGAACAAUCAACUGGUUUGAGUAAGCCACAUGAAAAUACACUGGCUACUGAAAAGUUUCGGUCUGAUCGACCACCACCACCUAUAGUGAUUGCUAAAUGUGAAAAUUCAAUGGUAUUUCAAACACAAAAGUGGAAUCCAUCAUCUGGAGAACAGGUUCAUUUUUAUGCACUAUACGGAAAACAGACAUUUGUAUCCAACCAGAAAGUUCACAUCACUGAUAAUAAGUUAACCAAUACCGGGAUUUUGGUCAUCUGUAAUAAUGGUUCCAGUGUUUUAAAAGUGACCGAUCUAACACCAAAUGAAGAAUAUGCCUUUGCUGUUGCGGCUUACAAUAAAGAAGGUCACCCGAUAGGAUCACAUAAACAUGGUUUAGGUCACAGUACAAAACCAGUUUUAGCUUAUUCUUCGCUAUGCAUUUAUACGGGGUUAUGUCAUCUUCUGCAGUCGGCGUUUCGACGUAAUCUAUCCCAAUGUCUGAUGGUUCAAUCAGUCAACAUAAUCUGGGAAUAUUUAACGGAGAAAUAUGAUACAAUAGAUGAUGAUAAGUCAACUCACCUAACUGGUUUAAAGUUGAAAGAACUAAAUAGUUUCCAAUGUUCAAGCAUAUUAUUGAAGCACCUAACGACAUGUAUUUUAUGGCACUGCUCAUUUAAUCAGAAGUCUGAAAAUCUACGUUCGUGUAAAUUUGAUAAUUCCACUUAUUUGUUGGACAAACAAAUUCAGAAAAUCCAUUUGUCUGAAAAGUUGAUAAUUGGUUUAGAGUUAAGCGCUAAAUUGAAUGAUGUGCAACUAUUGCUAGAUUUUGCUAAUCUGAUCUACGAAACAUUGAGUUUUAACAUAAAAAUGAGUUCUGUAACGUAUGAUUAUGCUAAGGUUAGUAAAUAAUAAUGAAAAAAUAUGAUAGAAAGUUGGUUUCUACUAACAAAUAUUCUUGCAAGUUUUCGUUAUUAUAGUUAGCUUAUAUUAGUGUUGGCUCAUCAGUUCAACAACUUCAAAAGUAACUCAGUUACCUUCCAAUGGCUCUGGAUAAUUGUUGUAAAAUAGAGGGAAGUGAUUGAAAUUAGAUGUACAAAUUAUUCGAUUUAAACUUAGUAAUCCUGAAUUUAUUUAUUUUAUUUAUUUAUUUAUGGCUUUAUUCAAUAUUAUAUUUUGGUACAAUAUAGAAUUCUCAGCACAAAAAUAUUUCAACAAGUUUCUUUUACAGAAAAUAAAACAGCUAAUAAUAAAAAAUAUCUGAAAAAAACUGUACAACUUUUCAAUUAGUGUCAUAUUAAGAAUGCAGAUUAUUGACUAGGUUAGCUCUAACAACCUGUUCGUCACAGAGUACAUUUGCUAGGUAAGGUAUUAUAGAACGUUUAUACUUUUGCUUGCGUGCUUGGAUUUUAAUGUAAUUUCGUCUCGUUCUACC